AUUUGUUGUAAACUGUUUGAUACUUCCGGUAAUGCCUCGUAACCCUAUUCCGACGACGGUUCGGGGUUAAGGGGUGUUACAUCUUCGCGUUCCAAUUUGAUUUGGGGUACCUAAAUCAAGUCAUUCAAACGACAUUUAGUUAAGAAUUAAUAACGAUUUUCAAGAAAAAUCAAGAUUUUGGAAGAUUUUGGCAAUAUUCAUAAAAGAUCAUUUAAUUGAUCUUAAAAUUAACGUGAAUAGAAAUUCUACAAGAAUUUUAAGAUCUAAACAUCGGGAUUGGAAUGUUCUUACCGAUUCUUGACAACGAUCGAAGAAUGUUUCUAAUUGCAACAACAAAUUCGGUUGAAAACCGAGUUAAAAUUAGGAAUAGAUUUUAUUCGGGAAACAAAAAUAAUUUUCAAUAACAAAAUAAUGUGAACUACGAUGAAAAAGAAAAGGGAGAGAAAAGAAAAGAUGAAGAUAUAGGGAAAAAAAGGGAGAAAUUCUAAUUUGGAAUGGAAAAUAAAACAAAGUCCUAAUGUAAUUAGGAAAAGGGGACUAAAUAGUUAGGUUGUCAAAUUUUAAAGGGGUUGCAGGGUAAUUUCUUAAUUCUAGGGGAGAAUGGCAUGGCCCCAACUUGGUAUGUAAAGGGUUGUUGUCCAUUCUUGUUAAGUUUUUGCAUCAUUUAAUAUUUAUUUAAGGAUUGUUUUCUUCCUAGUUUGCUGAAAAUGAAAAAGAAAAGAAAUGGGAGGGAAGUGGAUAAAGCCUAGGAGUGUUAACUACUUAACCAUCAGACCAAGGUCAUUGCAUGGUUAUUUAUUUCUAUUAACCUUCUUUACAAAAAUAAUUAUGUAAAGAAUAACUCUUGUUCAAAACGAGUCAAAAUAAGUGUUAUAUAUUCAUGAAAACUCUUCUUUAAGAACAAGUCAUGUUUCAUAGAAAAUGCUACUUCACCAAAGUAAAAGCAAAAAUGACCUCAGAAUAUAACAGGAUUCUUAGAUUGUUCCGUCAAUUCUCAACCUUAUCAAAUAUCAAAUACUUUUAACUAUCAUGGUUAAAUUUUAAUUUACAUAAAAAUGAUUAGAUUUCAAUUUUGGUCCCAAUAUUAUGCUCAAUUUUAAGAUCAACGUUUAUAAUGUCAUUAGUUAGUUUAACUAUUUUAUUUUAAUUAAAUGUUGACGUAAAUUUAAAGAAUUAUUAACAUCGUUAAUUUUUUGUUAAAUUCAAAUCCUUUACAUGCCAUUUUUUGUGACAUGAUUAUCGAGUAAGUAUUUUAAAAAUUAGACUGUUGCAUCAUCAAAUUUUAACGGGAUUAAUAAUUAGACUUACUUUUUUAAGUUCAAAGAAUAGAGGGAUUAAAUUAUUAAAAAUCAAAGUAUGGGGAUUAAAUUUCAAAGAUAAAUAAAGCACAAAAACUUGAAGCAUAUUGUAAUUUGAAGAGUCGAAAACUAUACCAGUAUAUAAUUUCAAUGCAAUCAAACCAACUCUAAAACACAAUAAAAUCCGAUAAUAUUGCCUUUCACUAGAUCAGGUUGAAGCCAGCCCAGAAACCAACCUGAAGGCUGCUGUUGUAUGAAAUAAUAAUGUAUUUAUGAAAUUAAGAGGAAAAAUUCAAUUUCAAAUGUCUCUGUCAAACAAUUAUUAAUCCAUCUUCUAUCUUUAAAGCUAAGCACUUGGAUUUGAAGAAAGCAAAGGAAAAUUACAACAUAAAAAAGCAACUUCCCAAAGAAAUAAAGGUAAGCGUUCAGACUGAACACCAUAUAUAGCAACAGCACUCUUGUUUCCAGCUAAAACCCAUAUCUUGAAGCUCCCAUACAAACCCUCUUUUUACAACCAUCACUUCCAUGUUGUGACAGAGAAGAAAAUAAAACAAUCCAGUUUUCCAAUGGGUUUGCCUAGGAAAUCCCCUUCUUUGCUCUCUCUAUCUUUGGUUUCAAUCACAAUCUUUUUGGGGUCCUUUCCUUUUGUUGCUACAGCUGCAGAUUAUACUAACUUGGUGUUUAAGGGCUGUGCUGACCAGAAAUUUCAAGACCCAUCUGGGGUUUACUUACAGAACCUCAAAAAUCUAAUGCAAGAUUUGGUUUCACAAUCAUCACAGAGAACUUUCUCCACCGCAGCCUCUGGUGAAGACCCUAAUGCAAUCAAUGGACUUUAUCAAUGCAGAGGGGACCUAUCGACAAGCCAGUGUUACAGCUGUGUGAGCAAGAUCCCGAAAAUAAGUGAUAAAGUUUGUGGGAAAGCAGUAGCAGCCAGGGUCCAGCUGAGUGGAUGUUACUUAAGGUACGAGAUAGCUGGGUUCAAACAGGUUCCAGAAACAGAGUUUUUGUACAAGGUAUGUGGGUCGUCAUCAAGUGGAAGAACCGAGUUUGAGAAGAGAAGAGAGACGGCUUUCAACAUGGCGGAAGAAGGGGUGAAAAGUGGUAGCAGCUUGUUUUACACUGGGGAUUAUCAAUCUGUUUAUGUGUUAGCUCAGUGCCAGGGUGAUAUGGGUACAGCCAACUGUGGGGAUUGCGUGAAAACUGCUUUUGAGACGGCAAAAAAUAAUUGUGGCGACUCUGUUUCAGCGCAGCUUUAUUUGCACAAAUGCUACAUUAGUUAUAGCUACUAUCCCAAUGGAAUUCCAACUAUAUCUUCAGGGACCGGAGAGACGAGGCAACGUACACAAAAGACCGUGGCAAUCGCAGUUGGAGGAGUUGCAGGUUUGGGGUUUCUUGUUGUUUGUUUGAUGUUCCUUAAAUCAGUGGUGAAGAAACGAAGUAAGAAACAUGAAGGCUAUUGAGAGGCUCCUCAAAGAUGGAGACUGGGUGGCUACAAAAUACUAGAAAACUAAAAAAAAGAGGAGCUUUUACCAAAGUUGGAGCCUUUGAAGAGUCCCCACAGAUGAUACUCAAUUACUAACCUUUAACUUGAGAGUUUAUUUUGUAAUUUAUAAAAAGAAGGAAAAAAAGAGACAGGGUACGUGUAACAUCCAGGCUAAUAGUGAUUCAACCCCCAAUUCAUUUUAAGUGUGAAUCCCCCUGGCUUUUAUGAUUGUAUUUACACAAAUAUAUUGUGGGAAAUGCUAUUGUUUAAACUACAAUUUUACUUGUUUUUAUCA